AUGGAGUUGGUGCUUCGGAUUGUCGUGUGGAGCUCUGUCGUCGCGCCGAUUGGGUGCGGCCUGAAUACACCAGAGGAACUGCGGAUGGGGAGAGAAGCCAUCGAGCAGUGGCGCUCCGAGAGGGAAGACAACGGUUGUCUUGGGAACAGAGUGUUUGGAGGAUUCGUGACCCACGUCAGCCAGUAUCCGUUCGCCAUCUACUUCAUGGGGAAGGAGGAGGGGAGAGUCUGGGACUGCUCCGGCAGUAUCCUGGCGCCCACGUGGAUCCUGACUGCGGCGCAUUGCAUGGGCCUCAAGAGAAUCUGGGCGGGGAUUCUUUUCGCUGGCGACGUAGACUUUACGACUGACAGGGUCUUCACAAAGAUAAACAUCCAAAUCCGCGCUCUCAAACAAGCCUAUCAGUACAAAGUGAACGACACCUACCGCCAUGACAUCGUGCUGUUUAAACCUUUCAGAGGCUUCGUCAUUGAACGGGGAUUCGUCGAUACCAUUCCUAUAACGGAAACCAGAUCAUACGGCCCAGACUUCAAGGAAACCUGCACAAUAGUAGGAUAUGGGCAGCGUGGCAGGAACCUCCGUCCAGCGACGGGGAUCCAGAGAGCAGCUAGCUUCCUGAUGGAGCCCGGGGAGAAGUGUGGUGCUUCAGGCAUCAGGGACAAUGGGCUCUGCACCUUCGAUGUGAAGACGAAGUCCGCCUGCUCCGGGGACUCUGGUGGACCUAUCUUCUGCGCCGGUAGGGUCAUCCAGUUUGGACUCAUCGUAAGCGCCAGGUACGAGAACUGCACGUUUUGGUACUGCGGCGCGCCGGCCGUCUGGAACGUCCACAUGUUUGUGGGCUUCUACCGUGACUGGAUCGUCCAAACGAUGAACAGAUAUCCAGACGAGACCCGGUCGGCCAGCAACCGCCGCCGAUCCGCAGGCUGGCUGGUGGCUCUACUGUCCAGCCUACUGCUGCCCCAACUGAGCCCUUUAAUAAAUGCGCGUACACCUCUCUGA